AUGGCCUUCCAACAGUCCGCAGCGCCGCGGCCCAUUGUCAUCAAUGCGAAUCAAUCUCAAGAAUCUUCGUCCCAAACUCAACUACGACGUACGACAGUAGAAGAUUCCCAAGAAUGGGUGCUAUUCUCCCCGAGCACGGCAGAGUCAACCAUCACCCGUACCCAAACCAGUCAGACUGCAGGGGUCUCAAGAGCGAGCGAUAUAUCACUUAACACUGCUGGGCGGUCGGGCAGACUUGAGUCCUCUGUUUUUGAUGAAGAGGUCACGGAAGAUGGCGAACUCGACAGCCUUGACGAUGGAUUGCACGCAUUCAGAGAACCACCCCUGUAUCCGACCAUCUCCAAUCAGACUCAGGGAGCGGUGUUACCGACCCACGACGGCCUGGGAACCUUCCCCGCUUCGAGCCCUCCCGUCCUCGAACAGCUAUGGCAGCAUGAAGCGUAUAAUCCUAAACGCAAGUACGACGGACAUCACCGGCGACCUUCCAGCGUGCAGAGGAGACUCGAUACGAUAGACGAGAUUGAAGCGCAGGCGAGCGAAGAAAAGAGAAUGCGGAUAGAGAAGUGGCGGAUGGAGCAAAGUCAAGCAUUGAUGGAUGAGGUGGAACGGGAGACUCGCCGACGGCUCAGGAGGGGAUCUCGCCAGUCCACUUAUCAAGAGACACUAGCCUCUAUCAACGAGGAUGUGCUCGGAACAACACCGAAGCAGAGUGAUUAUCUACCCAGGCCCACUGCAGAGCCAGAGGAGUCAGAGCCGUUCUGGCGCCGCAUUACAAGAAAGUUUAUCCGUGAUGUUAUCGGCAUUGAUGAACCUCUCCUGUCGGUGAUAUUUGGAGAGAGUCUCCCAGAGGAGGCUUAUGAGAGCAGGCCGUCCUCCAGCCAUGUUCUGCCUCCGAUACCUGAGCAGGCAUCCGAAGGGCGUGCCUUAGUAGACUCAACGUGGAGGGACAAGCUUCUCCAACGCAUUGCCCGCGAACUGGGUGUCUUGGUGCAUCAACUGUCACCACACCCAGGGGCUUUCACCGCUUACUCCCGCAGUCCUGAUUAUGCUGGCAUGCCAGUCUCCGCAACUCGACCAAAAUCGCAAAUAUCGCUACCGCCCGCCGACAGCUCAGUGAAGAACGCCAUCUCAUCCGGCAUGACACCUAACUUUCCACCCACCGUACGUGACCCGGCCCAUGCCGAGAAUUGGGGUUUCGAGGAGGACCCGGUCUCUACCACGUCACCACUUGAUUCAUCUAUGAGCCUUCAGCGGGAGCGAGAGUACUGGGAGAGAGAACUUGAUCUCAAGAUGGUGUUCCGUUACCUUAGAGACAGGUUCGUGAGCAGGUCGUCUACACAAUCACCUCAGGCCUCAAGACAGCCUCUUGAAGACGCGGCUACUCGGACGGCGAUCAUACGCCAGCACCAUCCUCUCGUUGCUCGGGCUCAACGAUCUCCUGUGCGAUUGCGACGUGAAUCCAGGACGAGCAUUCGAAGACCUACAAGCAGCUGCGCCAGCGAAAGCGUACGGAGCAGCAGGAAAGCAUCCCUAGUGAGAAGCGGUUCCAGUCGAAAUUACUGGGACAUCGGUGGAAGCGUCGGAAGUGGCAGCAUCCUAGCGAGCGGUGGAGCUUGGGGUGAAGUGUAG